UGGUCCUGGUUGGGAACUCGUCACUCCUCAUUCCGAGGAUUUCCUCAUCUGAUUGUAUUCAGUGGCAUUAUUCGCAUGGGAAAGACCGAAUCAACGAUUCCAAACAUGGCAUCUGAAGUCUGGAUCUAAAAACGGAGCACCGCAGAACUAGGCACUCUUAUGACUUCACGAGCGUUCCUAGGAUAUUGCCGAAAUUCGGAAGUGCUUCUAGGUACAGGAGAUUUUCAAAAAACCAUAAUUCCAGCCUCCGGACUACCCAAAAGCGGACCACAGCUCUCUUUUGCGCUUGAAGCGCCGUUAGCCACUUAUAUCAGUGCCAAAGGAUACAUGAAACUGAACGUAGGUACUACGAGGAAGUUUGCAGACGGAAACGCGCCAAUAUACAGUCCGAGCAACCCAAUCAAGACGACUGUAUUCGCCGCUGUCAAGGGAAUACUACCCUUCUUUAUGACUCCCAAGCCUCUCGAGCGUUUCUGGUCUCAGAAUUCAGUAUUGUCUUGCACAUGGUUUGUCCGUACCUGCAGCAGCAUUCCCGACUUCCCAAGAAGAGAAUUCCGUAUACUAAACCUUCAUCAGAUGGUGGACAAACUGUCUAUAAUAUUAUCCGGCAAGAACAAGGCUUGAUGAUACCGUUUGGUGUCGGGGACAAUCGAAAAUACUUGGAUAUAGUCCAUGAUUUUGUAAAGAUAUUCGAGCAAAGGAAGACCUAAACGU